AUGGAAAUUGAUCACUGGUUGGAGUUUAGUGCUACAAAAUUAUCUUCAUGUAAUUUGUUUACUUCUGCAAUCAAUGAGCUCAAUCAUUGCCUGUCUAUGAGAACAUACUUAGUUGGACACUCUUUGAGUUUAGCAGAUUUAUGUGUUUGGGCCACCCUGAAAGGAAAUGCUGCAUGGCAGGAACAGCUGCAACAGAACAAAGCCCCAGUUCACGUAAAACGCUGGUUUGGCUUUCUUGGAGCCCAGCAAACCUUUGAGUCAGUAGGUGCCAAGUGGAAUGUUUCAACAACCAAAGCUAAAGUGGCACCUGAGAAAAAGCAAGAUGUUGGAAAAUUUGUUGAGCUUCCAGGUGCUGAGAUGGGAAAGGUUACUGUCAGAUUUCCUCCAGAAGCUAGUGGUUACUUACACAUUGGGCAUGCAAAAGCUGCUCUUCUGAACCAGCACUACCAGGUUAACUUUAAAGGGAAACUGAUCAUGAGAUUUGAUGACACAAAUCCUGAAAAAGAGAAGGAAGAUUUUGAGAAGGUUAUCUUGGAAGAUGUUGCAAUGUUGCAUAUCAAACCAGAUCAAUUUACUUACACCUCUGAUCAUUUUGAAACUAUAAUGAAAUAUGCAGAGAAGCUAAUUCAGGAAGGGAAGGCUUAUGUGGAUGAUACUCCUGCUGAGCAGAUGAAAGCAGAACGUGAGCAGAGGAUAGAGUCCAAACAUAGAAAAAACUGUAAGAGUAUCCUGCUUUCCACUGGAAUGACUGAAGGGGCUUUCAGGGAGCCCAGGGCUCAGGCUCAUAGGCAGAGCCAUGCUGUUCAGACAGGCAAGGGCUGCAGCGCUGAAGCCUGUGGGCCCUAUGGGCCGGGCCAAACUGGUCUGCCCCUUGGGCAUGAGGCAACAAAGGACCAGAGCACUUCUGCUUCAAAGGAAGUAUUAAAUUUUGAAGUUGUCAGGGAGCAGCUAGCCAGUGUUUAUCCAACGUAUGAUUUUGCCUGCCCCAUAGUUGACAGCAUUGAAGGUGUUACACAUGCCCUGAGAACAACGGAAUACCAUGACAGAGAUGAACAGUUUUAUUGGAUUAUUGAAGCUUUAGGCAUAAGAAAACCAUAUAUUUGGGAGUAUAGUCGGCUAAAUCUCAACAACACAGUGCUAUCCAAAAGAAAACUCACAUGGUUUGUCAACGAAGGAUUAGUAGAUGGAUGGGAUGACCCGAGAUUCCCCACGGUUCGGGGUGUCCUGCGAAGAGGGAUGACAGUUGAAGGACUGAAACAGUUUAUUGCUGCUCAGGGCUCCUCACGUUCAGUUGUGAACAUGGAAUGGGACAAAAUUUGGGCAUUUAACAAAAAGCUGCGAGCUCUCUGUAAGAAGGUUAUUGACCCAGUGGCUCCACGGUAUGUCGCAUUACUAAAGAAAGAGGUGAUCCCAGUGAACAUCCCUGGAGCUCUGGAAGAGAAGAAAGAAGUAGCCAAACACCCAAAGAAUCCUGAUGUUGGCUUGAAGCCCGUGUGGUAUAGUCCUAAAGUUUUCAUUGAAGGAGCUGAUGCAGAGACGUUGUCAGAGGGUGAGAUGGUUACAUUUAUAAAUUGGGGCAACAUCAACAUUACUAAAAUACACAAGAAUCCAGAUGGAAAAAUUGUAUCUCUUGAUGCAAAAUUGAAUUUGGAGAACAAAGACUACAAGAAAACCACUAAAAUCACUUGGCUUGCAGAGACUGCACGUGCCCUCCCGAUUCCAGCAAUCUGUGUCACUUACGAGCACUUGAUCACAAAGCCAGUGCUAGGAAAAGAUGAGGACUUUAAGCAGUAUGUCAACAAGAACAGUAAGAAUGAAGACCUAAUGCUGGGGGAUCCCUGCCUUAAGGAUUUGAAAAAAGGUGACAUUAUACAACUCCAGAGAAGAGGAUUCUUCAUAUGUGACCAACCUUAUGAACCUGUUAGCCCAUAUAGUUGCAGAGAAGCCCCAUGUGUUUUGAUAUACAUUCCUGAUGGGCAUACAAAGGAAAUGCCAACGUCUGGGUCAAAGGAAAAGACCAAGAUAGAAACAGCGAAAAAUGAGACAUCUACUCCAUUUAAGGAAAGACCAGCUUCUUUGAAUAACACCUGUGCUACAUCUGAGGAUGCCCUGGCCCUUUACAACAGAGUGGCUGCUCAAGGGGAUGUGGUUCGUGAGCUAAAAGUCAAGAAAGCAGCAAAGGAAGAUAUAGAUGCAGCUGUCAAACAGCUUUUGGCUUUGAAAGCUGAAUAUAAGGAGAAAACAGGCCAGGAAUAUAAACCUGGAAAUCCUCCUGCUGCAGUAGUGCAGAAUAUUUCUUCUCAGUCAUCAGCGAAUAUUCAGGAAAGUAAAUCUCUCUAUGACGAAGUUGCUGCACAAGGGGAGGUGGUUCGUAAACUGAAAGCUGAAAAGGCGCCCAAGGCUAAAGUAAAUGAGGCUGUAGAAUGUUUACUGUCUCUGAAAGCUCAGUAUAAAGAAAAAACUGGGAAGGAGUACAUUCCUGGUCAGCCCCCAUUAUCUCAAGGUUCAGAUUCAAGUCCAGCCAGAAGCUCUGAGCCUACUGGUCCAGAAACACCAGAAGCCAAAGUACUUUUUGACAAAGUAGCUUCUCAAGGAGAAGUAGUUCGAAAACUUAAAGCUGAAAAAGUCUCUAAGGAUCAAGUAGAUAAAGCUGUACAAGACCUCCUUCAGCUGAAAGCACAGUACAAGUCUCUGGCAGGAGUAGAGUAUAAGCCUGUCUCUGCCAUUGGGACUGAGGACAAAGAUAAGAAAAAGAAAGAAAAAGAAAACAAAUCUGAAAAGCAGAGUAAGCUGCAGAAACCAAAUGAUGGCCCAAAGAAAGACUCUGUUAAAAACCAAGGAAGUGAGCCAUCCUCAAGUGGAGCAGGAGAAGGACAAGGGCCUAAGAAACAGACCAGGUUGGGUCUUGAGGCAAAAAAGGAAGAAAAUCUUGCAGAUUGGUAUUCUCAAGUUAUCACCAAGGCAGAAAUGAUUGAAUACUAUGAUGUAAGUGGCUGCUAUAUUCUCCGUCCCUGGGCGUACUCCAUUUGGGAAUCCAUCAAGGACUUCUUUGAUUCUGAGAUCAAGAAACUUGGUGUUGAAAACUGCUAUUUCCCCAUGUUUGUGUCUCAAGGUGCAUUAGAGAAAGAGAAGACUCAUGUUGCUGACUUUGCUCCUGAGGUCUCCAUAUUCAAUUGGAGACAUGCACGUAUUGUUUUAACUGCCUUUUUUGUUUUCCAGGGAGUUCCAGUUAGACUUGAAGUUGGGCCACGUGAUAUGAAGAGCUCUCAGUUCGUAGCUGUCAGACGAGAUACUGGAGAAAAGCUGACAGUUGCUGAAAAUGAGGCUGAGACUAAACUUCAAGCUAUUUUGGAAGACAUCCAUGUUAACCUUUUUACAAGGGCUUCUGAAGACCUUAAGACUCCCAUGGUUGUGGCUAAUACAAUGGAAGAUUUUCAGAAGGUUCUAGAUUCUGGAAAGGUAGGAGACUUCUGAAAAGCUUUGAAUAUA